AUGGGACAAGUCCGAUCACACAAUUGGCUGGCCAAGCAACGGGAGACUACUACAGAAGCAGCGCUAUGCCCAUGCAUGGUGUAUGCUCGCACCGCCGAGAGACUCGAGCGAGCUGCCUAUGGCGAAGACCCCUUGACUCCACCUUCAGGUGGUUGCAGCAGUCCAUGUUGGUCGUGUGUCCUGAGCUCUAUAAUGUGCAACUGGAGGAGGCCGCUCAGCAACCAACGUGGUGACAUUCGGAACAGAUAUGCCAUCACGGGCAGCACCGAGGACGACGAACUUCACGCCUGUGCUCACCCAUACUGGACUCUCAUGGGGAAUCACAAUGAAGUCCUAGUGCGAGAGAAAAUAUGUAAAAAGUUUAACACCUACCCUUUUUCGCCAGGACCUCCACCAGUUGAGAUUCGUCGCUUCAAGCCUCAGCCCAACCACCCGUAUAAGUCGCCCGCGCAAAUGCAGAUGAAGGAAAAGAGCCUGCCGAGAAUUGUGGAGUUACCUGAAUCCGGUAGUUCAAAGGAGAGAGCAAAGCCACAGAGUCCGCCAGUGAAGGCUACCCCAGAGGCCAGCUCCCAGCAAUUGCCUCCUCCUACCAGUAACAAACACACUCCUGCGAGAACUCCCGAUACCCAGCAAAGUCAGAGUCCGACUCUGAGUUCCCAGGAUCCCCGCGUCACAGUGGCUGACUUCGCUGAGCCCCACCGGCUCAGUCAAGACCAAAAGAAGCCAGUUGGAAACAGACAAUUCCCGCAUACUAUUCACAAUGACCCUCUUUUUGGAAUUGCGGAAGAAAUUCAUCCGCAUACUGUCCACGAGGACCCAAUGGUUCAAGUGGCUCGACGGCUCUCCCCUCAUCAGAUCAACAUAGAUCCCAAGACAGCAACACCGGCUGCCAGCCUCCCUCAUAGCGUUCACCAGGAUCCCACUGUCAAAGUAGCUCAGGAGCCAACGGAGCACACGGUACACAAUGACUUAACCACCAAGACGGCAACUCCUGUACACGAUCAUAGGCUUAGCCAGGAUAUCAUGGCACCAGUCCGUACACAAGUAGUACCCCACAGUGUCCACGACGACCAGACGGUUGGUAUGCAGGGCCAGACAGCUCCACACGCCCUCAGCGGAGAUCCCACGGUCAAGGUUGAUGAGGGCGAACCGAAGCAACACGCAAUGCAAUCAAGCGCAGCGACUGCGGCACCCGAAAACCAGAAGCCGAACCCCCACCAAUUAGGAGAUAUUGGCCGUGCUUCAACGGCACCGGCCCCGCUGCAAUUGACGCGCAAUUAA